AUGAAAAGAUCAGGAAGACAUUACAAGUCAAUUAGAUUCGUAGAUAUUUGUCUUACAUUCAUUGUUCUUACUGUUACCACCAUAAUCCUUUCUGAUUGGGAGAACAUUACUCCUUUUCUUACUUCUCUCUUCUGGGCUCAAAAUCAAUUCAUCAAACCUUCUUCUCUAUCAUCAAAACCUCAAGAUUGUAACUACUGGAAAGGUAGAUGGGUUGCAGACAACAGAAGACCUUUAUACUCAGGGUUUGGAUGUAAAAGAUGGUUGUCAAGAAACUGGGCAUGUAGACUAACUAAUCGUAUAGAUUUCUCUUAUGAAGGAUACAAAUGGGAGCCAAGUGAAUGUGAAAUGCCAGAUUUUGAUCCAUUUGCAUUCUUGUCAAGGAUGAAGAAUAAAGCAAUUGCUUUUGUUGGAGAUUCAUUGGGUAGACAACAAUUUCAGUCCAUGAUGUGUAUGGUGACUGGUGGAGAAGAUUUUAAUAACUCAGAAGUUAAAAAUGUUGGGGAAGAAUAUGAUCUUGCUUUACCCCCCGGAGCCAUUCGUCCAAAUGGUUGGGCUUAUAGAUUUCCAAUCACCAACACAACUAUUCUCUAUUACUGGUCUGCAACUCUCUCUAAUCUUGAGCAAAUCAACACUACUACAUCACAAAAUCCAGACGUUAAAAUCGCCAUGCAUCUAGAUAAACCUCCAGAUUUCCUCACAAAAUACAUUCAUCAAUUCGACGUACUAGUUCUAAACACUGGUCAUCACUGGAACAAAAGAAAACUACAAAAAAACCACCGGGUAUUUUACGUAAAUGGAUACCCAAAUCAAGAUAAGUCACUAAAUGAUUUUGGGAGAGCUAAGAACUUUACAGUACAUAGUAUUGUUAACUGGGUUGAUGGUGAAAUGAGAUACAAUCCUAAGCUUAAAGCUUUUUUCAGGAGUACCUCUCCUAGACAUUUCUUUAAUGGGGAAUGGAAUACUGGAGGGAGCUGUAAUAAUACUGUUCCAAUGAGUCGAGGAAACCAAGUUUUGCUGGAUGGGUCGAGUGAUGGAGUUGUGGAGAGUGCUGUGAAGGGGACGAAGGUGAAGAUUUUGGAUGUUACAGCUCUUUCUGAGUUGAGAGAUGAAGGUCAUAAAGCUCGGUAUAGUGUGGUUGGAACUUCUGGUGGGUAUGAUUGUUUACAUUGGUGUUUGCCUGGGAUUCCUGAUACCUGGAAUGAAAUAUUAGCAGCUCAGAUGUAA